UCGCAGACGGCAGUGAGACGGAAGGGGUGCACGUGACUGGAGGGAGUGCGUGCCCGCGUGCGGCAGCAGACGACUGAUUUUUGAGUGGAGGGCGACGAAGCGAAGAAAGCAGACGACAGGUUUGGGUUGAACCUCUGUGCUGUGCGGAACCGAAGGGGGUUUCUUUUUUGGAUCAUCAACGGAGACGAACCGGGUGAAAGAACAUCGGUUUUGUGAUCGUCGUCUGCGAGCACUGGGGAGCCAGCAAGAUGGCGGAAGCUUUGCUGUGAAAACACGCACGGAAGGCAAAGAGUCGCAUAGCUGUACGCGGCGGGAAGUAUGCGAAGUGUCGGCAGUGGUGCGGAAAACAAAGCGACGGUUGUACGUGCAGCACAGCUGAAGGCAUCAUCUUAGGCUCAAUCGAUCGAGCCGCGCGCGCGCUGCCGGCCAUAGACGGGGACACAGGCGCGAGGCUGGAUAGGAGCUCUAGCGAGGACAGCUGCUUCUCUUGGUGUGCGACUUGGCGAGACAUUGGAAAAGUUUUGAUGCCGGCCGAAUUCAUCAUGGAUAUCUCUCGUCAUUCCUCCUCCAGCGAGCUGGGAGGGCAGCUUAUGUCCCAAGGGGAACAAGAACUGGCCACCAAGAUGUUACAGAUCCAGUCGAAACGGUUUUACCUAGACGUCAAACAGAACAGAAGAGGUCGUUUUAUCAAGGUUGCCGAGGUGCAGCAAGUGGGAAUGGCCGGCAGAAAGAGCCGCCUUCUGCUUGCCAUGUCUACAGCAGCGGAGUUCCGAGACCAUCUGACGUCCUUCAGUGAUGUAUACUCCUCUCUAGGUCCUCCUAACCCAGAAAACUUACCUGAAGAUGGCAAGCUCAAAAGCGAGAUCAUGGUGAAGGACAACAGACGCUACUACCUGGACUUGAAAGAAAACUCUCGGGGACGAUUUUUAAGGGUUUCUCAAACAAUAACCCGAGGUGGUCCUAGGUCUCAAAUUGCCAUCCCCGCACAGGGUUUGAUAGAGUUCCGAGAUGCACUCACUGACCUAUUAGAAGAGUUUGGAACAGACGACGGAGGUUUCAAGGGUGAACUACCAGAAGGACGGCAUAUGCGUGUAGAAAAUAAAACUUUUUAUUUUGAUAUUGGGCAGAAUAGUCGGGGAAUCUACAUGCGCAUAUCGGAGGUGAAGAACAAUUUCAGAGCUGCAAUCACCAUUCCAGAGAAGUCAUGGGCACGCUUCCGUGACUCCUUUUCCGACUACGUGGAGAAAAUGAAAGAACUGACGGAAAAGUCUGCCGAGGGCAGCAAGUGAGGAGGGCGAGUUUUAAUGUUUUAAAAAGGAGGGACAUAAACACAUAGAUGACAUCAAGACACAAAGAGACGGCACAACGUGCGACAAAAAAACGACGAAAAGAAGAGAAGAAAGAAAAAGAGUGACGCAGCACGUGACAACGGCAUGCCAGUGGCCCUUCUCUCCCCUUCCUACAUCGCCAUUACAUUUUUAUCGCGAUCGUCCUCGGCGGAAACUGUGAGUUAACUGCACGACGCAACAGACUUGGCAAAGUGUUCUUCCGUUUCUCUCUCUCUCUCUUUUUUUUUUUUUUCCGUUAUAAGGAAUGAAAUGGCGUAAACAUAUUCGCACCGCGUCAUAGGGGAGUUGUUGCCACAGGAUUGAAAUUGUGUGUAUAGGCGUGUUGAGUCCGUCUCUUGUCUCGAUGUUUUUUUGUUUGUUUUUUUCGGAGGUGGUGAGAGAGAGAAAAAAAACAUGGUUAGGGAAGUCACGCAUGGCUUACGGCCGAGCCAACGCUUUGUUAUAGUGCUGUAAUGUUUGUUCAUUCGGGGGAGGGGAUACAGAGGUACAGGAAGGUUUGGUCUCCUGCUAUGGCUAACCCCCCCCCCCACUGUUGAGAGUUGUUCGCGACGAUGGUCCGGCCGUUUUCCCGGUGUUGUUGUUGGUUCCUUGGGCUGGCCUUUAUGAAAGUUAUGAGCCCCCCCGUGGCUGCGGACGGCAUUGAACCCGGUGAUAGUGAGUGAGACAGAGAGGACAGAGAUAUAGAUAUUAAUAAAAAGGUGGUGUGAUUGGAGAGACGGAUGCGAGGUUUUUGUUUGGGUGGUCUGCGUUUCUGCAGCUGUUGUUGUCCCUUUGGGACACCUGGUCGUCGGCAAAACCAGUGAGGUUGAUUUUGUGCGGAGUCCUAAGACACUAAUGCUGCGGGAGGUGUACAGGAUGAAUGUUCCAUUAAAGGAAUGAGGGUGUUGGGAGCACAUUGUUGUAUUUAGCUCACGGAAAAAAUGAAGCAUCACGGUUGGGAAGGACAUGGGUUUGUUGAGGCACCUGGCUUCAUUUUGAGCACCACGCUUGACAACAGCAGGCAGGAGAAGGAUGUGCCGUGGCAGCCAAGCCACGACAAGUAGACUAAGCUGAAAAAGAAAACAAACCAAAAAAAAAGCUUGCAUUUUUUUAUACUGUUCAAACUGUAGGAAGUUUUUUGAUCACGACAGAUGGUUCUUCGAAGGAAAGAGUACCACACGUGUGCUGUUUUGUGAAUCGAGGUUUUACUGGAGCAUGCUUCUGGCCCUCUGGUGUUGAUAUGAUAAGAGGAAGUGACACACAAGCAGAAGACGUCCAACUAGCUCUUCAUCAAAGCAAACCAGUCAAGUUUGUCCACGAGAACUAUGCCUCCUCCUCCUGGGCAGUUUCACAUGAGGCACUGCUAUUUGGUGUGCCAGUUGCGUAAGACAGAGACAAGGCUUACAGAACUGCCGACCCUUGGUGUGUGCAUGGUGUAUUGCAUUGAAAGAGCUCUGCAUAGUCUCAGCAGAGAGCUGUGCUUUGUGCUGCGUCAGCAGCUUUGUAAGACUGGUACAGUCUAAGAAUAUUCUCAAAACCUGGUCCUAGCACCUCAUAAUAGAUACAUAUAUUUAAGUGUCUGAGGAGAGCAAGUGGUGUAAUUUACCAAAAUAGGAACACCAAGGCGUCCUGUCACGUUAUCUUCCUCUUCAUGACCAUUUUGACGUCAAGUGUGUUGGAAUGUGAUUAAUUCUCUCUCGAAGCAUUUGUGCAGCAUGAAAGCACUUGCUUUGAAGUUGCUGGAGUCAUGUGAAACAGCCCAGGAGGACGAGAUGAUGAAAAGUCGCCUUAUGACUCGGCACUAAUGAGGGACGCAGUGCUGUAACGUGGUCCUCGUGUCAGUGGUCCCGACUGGUCGCCUCAGUGUGUAACUUCGUAUCAAUUUUAGCUGACUGUUGUGUUUUGCUCGCUGUUGAGGUGGAACAACAAGUAGCUUCGUUUGUUCGAGAAGCCCAUAUUUAGAAAUUUCAGGGCACACAUACACACAUCUGUGAAAAAUGUUGAAGAACCUCGGAUGCAAGUUCUUGGCGUGUUUGCUUUCAACUAGGUUCUCUUGCGACACCUCUCGGCUUGGUUUUCUGUCAACGCGAUGUUAGGUUUUUUUUCUCUUCUUACCGGUGUUCUGCUGCGCUUUGUUGUCGUGACGGGGCAUGUUUAGAUGUUUUAUAUUAUAAUAAUAACAAGCGAAGCAAAGGGAAAGUUGACCUGUUGGAGAUGUGAGGCAAAUAAAGUUUAGAAAGUUUGUA